GAUAAAACAUAGUCUCUUAGCUAUUAACCUACAAAAUCAGAGUAGGUAGUUUAGGUGUGGUUGAAAGAACUGGGCACUGGGAGGCAAAACGCGAUAAUUCCUCGGACGAUUCGGUAACGGGGAUAUUCCCCGCGAGCCGGGUAGAUGCAGGGAGACGUCCGCUCAAUUACCCACCCGAACCAGUUUUGUCCGCCUCACGCACUGUCCGCCUCAAGCACGUCCGGGGGAAACACGGCACCAACUUCGACAUCGUCCCCUGAUAGACGGACAGCGAGACGGAGGGAGACAGCCAGUUGCGAGUUGAGUGAACAGUGAAGCGAUUCAUGAUUAUUAUUUUGAUAAUAUUUCAGUUUUCAGCCACGCCUUUUUAUUGCAAAUUACAUUACAAUUAAAAACUCAUACGCAAUAGUAAAAUGAAGUCAAAUCCCUUCCGACUUAGACGUUAUUGAACUAAUUUUUUUAAAAUUAAAUUGUAAGUUAAACUUAGGCGCUUUAAAAUGGAAACAGAUCAACUUGCUCCAAAAUUUAUUCACUUUUUGUUUUCAUCCAAACCCAAAUUCGACUGUUAUUUUGCAUUCGGGAAAGAAGGCCAGGAAAAACCAGAAAGGAUUGGAGCUGUCAAGUUGAUGUUGAUGGCUCACAGCGAAGUUUUCAGACUGGAGUUAGAAGACAGUGGAUUGGCAGAGAAGAAAGAUGUUCCUGUCAUAGACAUCCAUCCUGACACCUUCAAAGGAAUGUUGAAAUAUGUUUAUGGCUAUGACACUACUGCUACAAUGGCUUUUGAUGAGGCAGACGAUUUACUGUAUGUUGCGGAGAAGUAUUUAAUGAAACCUUUGAAAGACAGCCUCGCUGCUAGACUGAUGACACUUUUGAACAAAGACAACAUUUGUUCCUUGAUGAACAACCCUGCCUGUUACACUCAUCUGGAGUUGGACUCUGCCAUUACCAAGAUUUUGAAAUUCGAGACGGAUCAAGUGUUAGCAAGCCCAGAGUUUUUGUCAAUGAAUUCUGACGGUUUCCUCAAGAUUUUGGAACAGGAUGAACUUGCAGUUCCUGAAAUAGAAUUGUGGAGAGCAGCAAUUAAAUGGGGAAAACACAGAGCUGAAUCGGAAGAUGGACAGCUGGUCCGCCAACAACUCUCAGAGUUGACUCAACAGUUGAGACCUUACUCAUUGACUCCGGAAGACAAAAUGGAAGUGAUUGGUUCUGGGGUUUUAGGGACAGACGAAACCAUCAAUUUGUGUCGUUGUCAUUCUAAAAAGGAAACCCUUCUAACUCUUGGUCAGUUUUCAAAUGAGACUAAACCAAGGACAAUGUCAAAAACAAAGACAGUCUUUGAUCAACUAGAAAUUAUUAUGCCACAUGUGGCAUGGGAACCUCUUAGUAGGGUUUACAACUUUACCCUGACUACCAAAAGACAUGCAAUUGAGCUGUUACCACUAGAGUGUGAAUCAUGGGAUCCUACACCAGUCCCUGUAGAUGAGACAUAUGAAGUGAGCUGUUCAGCAACAAUAAUACCUGAGUGGACCAGCUGGCGAGGGUAUGAACCUGCAAUAAACUUGCAUUCCAGUAAGCAUGUCAAGUGUGGAGAGAAGUUUGAGAUUCCUCUGGCUGUUGAUGGGAGAAACAUAACCUUGAAGCCAAACACCGAGUACUCUGUCAAGAUGCAGGUGAAAGGGGAACACAUGAUCAGAUACAGUGACAGACAGGCCAACAUCGAAAAUGAUCACUUGAUUCUAAGUAUAUCCAAGAAAGGUGAUUGGUACCGCUUUCCCUCAGACAAGUUGAUGUACAGAGCAACAACAGUGGAAUAAUGGCAAUCUAGAAAACAAUAGUUGGAGUUGGGAUUUAAAUUCCAUUGAAGUGUGUGUACAGAAAAUGCAUAUAUUUUUAUAGUGUUUUAUGAUUUUCACUUAACUCUGAUCAUUUAGGAAUAAUAUGCAUUUUGUAAAAUUCUUCUCAUCCAAAAAUAUUGAAAUUAAGUUAAAAAUAUGUUUGUUUAUGAGCAUACAGUCUGUGUAGUAAAGGGUAAAGAAUGCAAUUUUCAAAAUUUUUUUUAGUUUUAUCAAAGAUAAAACAUACUCUCUUAGUAGAUUUCUCAUCCUAAUGGAACAGCUGAAGACAAUUUUAUUGUUAGUUCUGUACGGUUUAUGUAGAGGUCGUGUUUUGUUUACAAUUUGUUUCCCGUUAAUACAGUCAUUUAAAACCUCGUUUAACCAAAUAAUACGAUCUAAUCAUAAACAAUAAAUUGUCCCCUAGUUAUUUAACCAAACAGUAAAGCACAAAUCAAUAAAUUAAACCUAAAAUAAUAGAAACAAAAUUUCGUCGACACUAGCGCCCAGUGUGGCGUACAUGAACUAGACAUGAAAAACGAGCUUCAAAAUUUACAAUGGGAUGAGAAGUCUACUUGUGUUGGUUAGUCUAUAGUUUUUUCCAUGCUGCUGUAGAAGUGGAAUGCAAAGAAUCUUGUCUUUAAAAUUAAGUGGAUUAAAAUAAAUUCUUGUUAAUAUUUUUACCUUUUUGGUAGCCUAAGGUGUCCAAAAUUCUUAUCUCCUGCGAGACGCGUUUCACAUUAAUUACAAUGCAUCUUCAGUCGCUGUCACAGGUCUCAACAUUGCCCACAGAAGUGGUUGUCACAGUUUAUAAAACAUACUAACACAACUGUACAGUUCACAAAACACAUGUAUAUACAGUUUUACAACCAUGGUCACACACGUACUGUACAUCAAGCGAGCGUAGUAUAUGGUUGUAAAACUGUAUAUACAUAUGUGUUUUGUGAACUGUACAGUUGUGUUAGUAUGUUUUAUAAACUGUGACAACCACUUCUGUGGGCAAUGUUGAGACCUGUGACAGCGACUGAAGAUGCAUUGUAAUUAAUGCGAAACGCGUCUCGCAGGAGAUAAGAAUUUUGGACACCUUAGGCUACCAAAAAGGUAAAAAUAUUAAUAAUAUAGGUGUCUAGGCUAAUAUCUACAAAUUCUUGUUAUUUGCUGUGUGUAUGUAUAUAUGUGUAACAAUUAAAUCACACAUUUUACAAUAAAAAAGAUUGAAAACUUCAA